AUGUUCUGGUACGGUUCUCGAAAAAAAAGUAGCUCUGUGCCUGCAAUCAGUUUUUAUCGCCGUUCGUCUGAUCCACCUGUUUGCCAUUACAGAUUCGUUACUGUGCGAGUGCAAACCAUCGACGAUUUGGAACUGAGCAUUACAGAAAAUCUUGUGGUGUUUUUUAUCCCCUCCUCGUCACCAGCAUUCUAUGAUCUGGUUAUUGGCGAUCAGAUUGUUGAAUGUGACGGGGUGGUCCCGAAAAGUCUAGAAGAGUUUAACAAUCAUGUAACUCUGGCUGAUAAGGUAAAGAUGGUAAACAUGAAAGCACCUCAAAUAUAUACUUUCCAGUCGAAAUUCGCUUUUUGUCCUAGUUGACU